AGAAGGUGGUCUUCGUGUCUUUAAGCCUUCAGAGCCUGUGUUAUGGACAGUUUGGAUGGAGAACAUGGUCUGUCUGAUGGUAUGAACAGCCUCAUGUAUAGCAGUCAUGCUCUGUGAGGAGUCAUCAGCUGGACUCAGUGCUGGUCCGGAUUCUGUGGUUCUGGUGAAACCGGAUGCUGAGACCUCCACGGAUCCUGUACAGGAGGCCAUUCACAGUAGCACUUAUGUUUCUUCUGUGAUCCCUGUACACGGCGGCAUCAGUCUGAACUCUGACGAGCCGUUCUGUCGUAUCUGUCAUGAAGGCAGCGGCGCGGGUGAUCUGUUAUCUCCCUGUGAGUGUGCCGGCUCUCUGGCGAUGGUGCACCGUGUUUGUCUGGAGCGCGGGCUCACGGCCUCCGGCACCAGCCACUGUGAGCUCUGCCACUUUGAAACCCAGCAUUUUUUAGAGUGUCUAUUGUUCUCUGUAUCUGCAGAAUUGAUGGUUGAUAUCCGGGUCUCUGUUUUCAGUCUGAACUCUGACGAGCCGUUCUGUCGUAUCUGUCAUGAAGGCAGCGGCGCGGGUGAUCUGUUAUCUCCCUGUGAGUGUGCCGGCUCUCUGGCGAUGGUGCACCGUGUUUGUCUGGAGCGCUGGCUCACGACCUCCGGCACCAGCCACUGUGAGCUCUGCCACUUUGAGUUCGCUCUGGAGAGACUUCCCAAACCGCUCACUGAGUGGUUCACCACACCUUCCAUGCAGCAGCAGAGACGGACGCUGUGCGGGGAUGCCAUCUGUUUCCUGUUCAUCACACCCUUAGCGGGUCUGUCAGGCUGGCUGUGUGUGCAGGGAGCCAUGGAUCUGUACUACAGCAAUGGCAUGGAGGCCGUGGGACUCAUUGUUCUCACACUGACACUCUGCACUAUUUACCUCUUCUGGACUGUUGUAUCCCUACGUUACCACAUUCAUCUCUUCAGGAUGUGGAACGAGACAAAUCCCAGCAUCCGGCUACAGAUUCCCCAUCCUGUGAAGACACACCAGAGACCAAAACAUCUAACAAUGCACUUCUUGUGCAAAUACAAGAAUAAGGAGACCAUGGUAUAGUGCCUGAAACAUCACCAGGAA